CUAACAUACAAAAAAAAAAUUGAGUGGUCUUUUGUUUGUUUUGUCGUACCUAGUUACAUGCUUUUAUUUGGGUAGUAAUAAAACCUCCGAAAGAAAACUAACCUAACCUAACCUACUAAAACUAAACGUACUUACUGAAAUACUAAAUUUCCGAAUGUGCCUGGGCGACUAGUGACUAGUCGCCCAUUUUAGUCGGAGGUUUAGUUUUUCGUUUGGAAGGUUUAUUAUUUUUCCUUUUAUUUUGUUCACAUGUCCCGGUGUCUAAUCAAAUCUUGGAAGUUAAAUUUGUCUGAUUUGAAGUUGCAUAUGUACAAUAUCGAUUGACAAUGCAAUAUUAUGAUGACAUGGAACUGAUCUGUGCUGGAGUUGGAAGGUGGCCAUAAAAAUAACUCGACACUAUCAAGAUUGGGCUUGUUUAGUUCGUACUGAUAAGCAGUUAGAAACUAUACAGUCGAGGUCAUAAAUAUGUUUACACAUUUUUACCUAGUCGAAUGCGUUUGCAUACUAAUUGUUAGCGACCGCAUUCGAGUAGGUAAAAAAGUGUAAACAUAUUUAUGACCUCGACUGUACAAAGAUAAGUACAGUCGGUAUCGGUAUAAAAGCUUGUCUCAAAAAUUAUUUAUAGAAAACAAUUUUGGACAGUCACAUUUAAACUUAAACAGUCAAUUUGUUUUAAUUAUAUGGUAGUAUAUAUAUAUGUGGUAGUAUAUAUGAAUAUUAUCCUCCUACUUUUACAACACUGUUCUUUAAAAUCUUAUAAAAAAUUAAAAUAUGUUGCGCAAGGAAGCUGCCAGCUGCUCGGUCACCUGUGGAGUCGACUAGCCUUUUUGAAAUCUCCUUAAAUGAAUGAUAUAAAACUACCAACCUUUUUCAUACUUACAGGUUGAAGAAGAUUUGGAAAAUUAUGAACAAUGGACAUCUGGUGCAAAGCCAAGAUUAAAGAUGAGUGCCACACUCAAGAAUUUUUCAAAAAAUCCAUUGACGGCAAAUGUCAAUAUAAUGAAUACUGAAGAUAUCAGUCGGCCAUCAACUUCAAGUGGUGAUGGGAUACGAAUCCCUCACAAUAUUGAUGUAGCUGUCCAGUGUGAAAAAAAAAUGGGUGUUUCAAAUAAGUCCAUCAUGGCCCAGCCUCAGACUCAAGACAGGGAUACACAAAUUGUGGACGAAUAGUAAAAAAAAAAGUGUUGCCAUCAAGUAAGAUGUAUAUAUCUAGCAGUGAGGACAGUCCCAAUCAAUCACCAUCGCUAUUUGGAACCUCUAACUUCGACUCAUCUUCCAGUGCACAACAAGAUACUGAGAAAAGCGUCAGGGAGCAUAUGCUGAAAAUUAUAAGAAAAAAGCCAAAACUGUUUUUAGGAUUGCCUAAAAGUUUUUGGUGGAUCAUCAACUUCUUAGCUCAAGACUGUCGUUGUGUGGCACUUCAUGUAAUUAUAACAUUAUUCAAAUUAAAAAACAAUGACUCGUUUGCCAGAAUGAGUGAACAAUUUGAAAUGGCCAGAUCGACUAUCCGACUGGCAUUUGAAAAAAAUGUAACUAUUUUGUCAACUUACUUUCAAAAUUGUAUAUAUUUGCCACCGCUUGCACAUAUUAAGAAAAAUUUGGCAUUCAAAAUCAGAUACUCCAAUGUCCAGUGUAUUAUUGACUGUUUUGAAAUUCAAAUUGAAAAAGCACGGGAUCCAGAUAAACAAGCGGGGACAUGGUCCCAAUACAAGUCAUGUAACACAAUGAAAUAUUUAAUUGGAUGUACACCAGCUGGAUACAUAGCAUUUCUUUCAAAGGGUUAUGGGGGAAGAACAUCUGACAAAGCGAUCACAGAGAAAAGUAAUUUUAUUGAUGUUAUUCCUCUUAACGCAGUAGUUAUGGCUGAUCGAGGGUUUAAGGAGAUUGAAUCAUUGUUAAGCGUCAAAAAUGCAAAACUGUUAAGACCCCCAAGUGUGUAUGCAAAUAAAAAGAUGACAAAACAAGAAGUUUUAGAAACCAAGGUAAUAGCUAGUCUGCGGGUGCAUGUAGAAAGAGUUAUAAGACGAGUAAGAGAAUUUCAUAUGUUAAAACCUCAUGCUGUUGUAAAUAGCAAACACAUUAAGUAUUUGGACGACCUGGUGAUAAUAGCUUGUGGAUUAAUAAAUCUGCAGAACCCAAUAAUAAAAGACUGCUGAUUA